UUCCUCGAAUAAUUCCACAACCCAUUCCUCUCCUUCUAAUAAUAUACUAAAUGAUUCUAAGUUCUUCAGUUAUGUUAGCAAAUUCUACAAACCAUUUAAUUCUGAAACUUUCUCCUCUUCCCUUAUUUUUAUCCAUUAUUCUUGUUCUAUUUACAUUUGGAAAUGCGCAGGAACCAGUAGAGCUAAUAGACUCAAACAAAAGUGAAGCACCUAAUAACGACCAAAAACAAAAUUUAGAACAGCAAUCAAAAUGCGGAACUAAAGAAACCGACUAUACUCCUUGCAUGCCAAGGGAGAGGGCAGAUUCUAUUUUCAAUCAUUGCUGCAGUCAGUACGUGCCUCAAGGCUGUCAUUCACUCUGCCAAUACGAGUCGGAUGAGUUGACAGCAAGAAAUUUGGUUUAA